CCCCACGCGGGGCUCCAUCACAGGACCCUGAGAUCGUGUCCUGAGUGGAAGGCAGACGCUUAACCGAGUCACCCGGGCGCCCAUCUCAGCCCACCUCUUUGCUCACUAGUGACACUAUUUCAGGAGAGAGCGGAUUCUCAUUGGCACGCAAAUGAUAAACUACCAAAACUACGAAGAGCGUCAGCAUUCUCGGUUUGUGGGGCAGGGAUCAGGGUUAGUUUCGUGUUUGCCUAGGGAGGGACCGGGGAAACCCCGAGCCUUGCACACUGAUACACCUAGGGAGAAGGAGACUCCAGGCUGUCCCAACAAGUGAGCAUCGCCCGCGUCAGCACUCUCAUCACACCCCUCCCUCCCCCGCAACUUUGCCGCCGGUAAUCCGCCUUCGAGGCUCAACUGUAAGGAGAAUCGCUUUGUGGGGAAGAUGGGAGGGAUGUAGACCACUAUGUGAAAGCAUCAGAGAGAGGAGGGAGAGCUGUUUGACCGGUGUGGGAUCAAGGCUUCUGCCUAAACGUAAGGGGCUGGUUAGUAUGAUUGUCUAAGGUCUUGGCCGGAAGUGAGUAUAAUUCCUGUUGUCUCCCUGUGCCUCCUGCUCUGUUCGAGCUCCAUAAAAGCUAAGGAGCAAGAGGAUGGUGAUUAGCUAAGAGUCAGCGUCCCUGUUUCUGAGUGAGUGAGGAAUGUGAGGAAAGGAGUGUUUAUGUUCUGUCCCGCCCCACCCCUCAAAAGAGACUCAAACCUGUCCACCUGGAAAGACCACGAGAGGGGCCCUACGAGGGGCCCUCGGUGUGGCUGGCUCAGGCUGCUGUUGGCUGAUAAACAAAGCUGUCCUGGGAGCAAAGGGAAGUGCAGAGGGGAAAAGCCGCACAACCCGGGACACUCGUGCCCUCACCUAGAAACCAGUCGGGCUGUGGUUGACCCAGAGGCGUUAAUAUGUAACAUUGGAGCCAGCAAGGGAGGCAGAGCAAACACCCAAACCUCUUGGUCCCUGGGUCUCCGGCGCCUAAGGCUUCUAGCUUUCCCUCCCGCUCGCAGAAUCUCUUCCCAACCCCCCGUCCCUUCCUACUUACCACCCCCUCCCCCAGCACUCGUUUUCAGCCUUUCCUCUGUUUGCACCUCGCUUGCCUGGAGGCGGGAAGGGGAUCCCGCGCCAAGGUAGGGAUAGGCUGACACCUCGUGACCACGAGCUGCAACUGCUCCAGCCCACUGUCCUGAAGAAUAAGGGUCACCCCGGCAGCCCGGUCUUCCUCGUGCCAGCCUCCACGGAGCCAGGAGAAGAGCCGGGAUUGUCUAAGGGAGGACUGUGACAGCCGCUGGACCUCAGGAACCCAAGAGCGGGCUGGGAAGAAGGGUGAUGGAUUAGUCGACCCCUCCUAGACACUGAGUCGAUGCGGGGCGCCACAGAUGCUGAUAAACAUGUCCGUCUCUGGCCCAAAGAAGCUAAAGAUCCGGUGAAAAUAACAAUAUAGGCGGAGACCAUUAUCGAGGCUCGGCUCGGACCCCUCCCCAGGACCAGGGCUUAAAGGACGCGGGUGUGUGACGGGCCCCGCCCCGCUCUGCCCAGAAAGGAGUUGAGGGCGGAGAGAGAGUUCUCUCAGUACCCGCCGAGGCGGGGGAGCCGGUAGCCCCGGGAAAAGUGGGGACGCAGGUUAAUGAGGCCAAGCAACCGAGGCGGGACUCUGUCGGCCGUCGGGAGGCGCCAGCGAGGGGUGCCGCGGCGUCGCCGCCCCCCAGGACAGCCCCUUUUUCGCCCGAAGUCCGCGGAAGCGAGGCGGGGCCCCGAGGCCCCCGGGAAAUGGGGCUCUGGCCCUCGGUGCCGCGGCGGCGCCGGAGGGGCGGGGGCAGGCGGCCGGGGCGGGGCGGGGCGGGGGCGGGGCGGGGGCGGGGGAGGCUGGGGGCGGGGGCAGAGGCCGGCGGGGAGGGGACUGGAGGAGCUAGGGGCCUAGAGGGCUCCGCGAAAACUGUGCGAGGCUGGCGGCUGGCUUGCACUGGCCGGAGAGGAGCCCGGUUCGCGGAGCAGUCGGACGAGGCAGCGUAGGGGGCAGACAGACUGACUGCAGGGAGGGCCAGCAUGCCCCCACUGCUGCACCCCGCCCUGCCGCUGCUCCUGGGCGCCACGCUGACCUUCCGGGCCCUCCGGCGCGCGCUCAGCCGCCUGCCCCUGCCGGAGCACGUGCGCGCCGACCCCCUGCGCACCUGGCGCUGGCACAACCUGCUGGUCUCCUUCGCCCACUCCAUUGUGUCCGGGGUCUGGGCAGUGCUGUGUCUAUGGCAGACCCCCGAGAUGCUGGUGGAGAUUGAGACGGCAUGGUCGCUUUCUGGCUAUCUGCUCGCUUGUUUCUCUGCAGGGUAUUUCAUCCACGACACGGUGGACAUCGUGAUUAGUCGUCAGACACGAGCUUCUUGGGAAUACCUCGUUCAUCACGUUAUGGCCCUGGGUGCCUUCUUUGCAGGCAUCUUCUGGAACAGUUUUGUUGGUGGGGGUGUCCUAACAUUGCUGGUGGAGGUCAGCAACAUAUUCCUCACCAUCCGCAUGAUGAUGAAGAUCAACAAUGCCCAGCACCUCCUCCUGUACCGGGUCAACAAGUAUGUCAACUUGGUCAUGUACUUUCUCUUCCGCCUGGCCCCUCAGGCCUACCUCACCCACUUCUUCCUGCGUUAUUUGGGCCAGAGGACUCUGGGCACCUUUCUGCUGGGUAACCUGCUCAUGCUGGACAUCAUGAUCCUCAUCUACUUUUCCCGCCUCCUCCGCUCAGACUUCUGCCCUGGACGUGUCCCCAGCCAGCAACACAAAGACAAGUUUUUGACAGAGUGAGAGGACUGCAACUUGUGGCAAGAAGAGCAAACACAGCCAAGAACAGCCUCACCAUAUAAGAGAAUUAGCCCCAAGUCUGGGGCAUCCUCUGAGGACAGGCUCUGCACCUACUAUUGAAAAUGCUAAUGAAAGCACUCCUCU